GAAAAUUGUCCGCGCCAGUCAGCGGAUCGCUGUGCAAGGGACGAGCCGUCGGAGUUGGCAGGGGUCUCUGCUGAAUUCUGUACGGAGGUAGAAUAAUGUGGAGAAGCGAAGCGAAGCGACGCCGAAAAGGCAGGAACGAGAAAAGCGGUCGGGAGUGGAUUGACCACUCAUUGACACUCGUCGCACUCCCUCUUCUGGUCGGGCGACCAUCGCUACAGGUACCUUCCAGCUACAUCCACUCAAUCAGCUCAGCCCACCUUCGCCAUGUCCUUCCGCCACCUCUCAUGAGUCCGACUCGCCCUCUGAGCCCAGCACCAACAGCUUCCCCCCAAGCACUGAAGGCGGGACACCAGCCAGACGGCUUCGCUGCGAGAGAACACCCGCCGAACGAGCAUCUCGCCCAUUGACUUUCGUUGACACCUCUUCCCCGCCACGCCAUCCCUCUUGUCCCUCGAACCCUACCACCGCUCCUCCUCCUCCUCCUCCCACUGCUGCCCGACCGAUCUUCGACCGCCCGAACCGAGAAUGAUGUCGCGACCAUUGGAGGCUGGCACCUCCACGCUGUAUGGCUCAUACGCCGAGCUCAACCACAACCACAAUCACACAACUGCGCCCUCGCAGAAUGGCUGGAAUAUCGAUGAUGUGUCCGUGUGCGCCAGCCCCGGUGACUUGGCAUCUUCCGCAUCCAAGCGCCGAAAGACGUGGACUCCAGUUCCGGACAACGAGAGCCUCGGGAGCGCGCUCAGAAAGGCCGUCAUGGAGCAUCAACUCGGUCUGUCUCUCAACUUCGUGCUGCUCUUGGGCAUGACUUACAUGCUCUUUCCUUCUCUGCGAGAUAACAUCAAAGCUUGCUUCAUGCUGUCCUACGCAACCGAGGUGCCAGGCCAGUACGGCCAGGGUCUGCGGGACAUGUACCUGGUCGCAAGCUUUGUCAUCUAUUUCACGGGAUUUCGAGCAUUCAUGUUGGAUUAUGUUUUGAUGCCCACAGCGGCUGCAUGCGGCAUUGGACGACGAAAGGGACGCGUGCGAUUCGCGGAGCAGGCCUACAUGCUUGUGUACUAUGCCGUCUAUUGGUUCUGGGGACUGGCAGUCUUCGUCAAGGACACUCCCAGCGGCAUCACAACCGCAAACGAGCUUCUGAUUUCACUCUGGCGAGAUUUCCCCCGGCUGCUCAUGCCUGCCAGCAUCAAAAUGUACUAUCUGACGCAGUUUGCCUUCUGGAUUCAGCAGAUUGUCGUCAUUCACCUGGAGGAGCGACGCAAAGAUCACUAUCAAAUGCUGACGCACCACUUUGUGACUGUUGGUCUGAUUGGAGGCAGCUAUGGCUACCGGCAAUGGCGUGUAGGCAACGCGUUCUUGGUGUGCAUGGACGUGGUGGAUCUGAUUCUUCCGCUCGCCAAGAUAUUGCGGUACAUGAAUAUGCAGACGGCCUGUGAUUGUACAUUCGGAAUUUUCGUCGUGACGUGGAUCGCAGCACGACACGUCUGCUAUGUUGCGAUCUGCUGGAGCAUCUACGCGCAUGUCAAUGUGGUGACCAUGCCGUAUGGUGUGUACUCCACCAUCACCGGUCAACGCUUGAGCCCAGACGGAGGCAACGUCGUCUUGGAGAACCUGUUGCAACCAAUGUUGAGACCUCACGCGAAGACGUUUGCGUUCAAUGGUAACAUCAGAUGGUCUUUUCUCGGUCUACUCGCAGCACUACAAGUCAUCACGCUGGCGUGGCUCGUGAUGAUUAUGAAAGUUGUGAUCCGUGUCAUUCGAGGACAAGGUGCCGAUGACACGCGCAGCGACGACGAGGGAGAAGAUGAAGAUGUGGAUCCCAUCCCACCACAUCAUUCGGACCGUGGUGUGCCCAUUGAUGCUGACAAGCCACGUUUCAUCGAAGUCGAGACGACGACCGAGGAGCACAGUUGGCCAUCGCGCAAAGUGGCAGCGAACGGCAAGCGCAAAUCCAAAGGCAUCUCGAGUGGUCUCAAGCUGGGCGAGCACAAGGAGAUACUCAACAGGAUCGGCUGCCUGAGCGAGGAACAACUGGCUCGCGAGAGAGAAGCACGAAACGGAAGUACCAGUCCGCGACCAGCCAGUGCUGGGUUGCGUUAGCAAUGACGAAGAAGGCAAAAAAAAGUCGCCUCUUGAGACUCCGUCGGACGGGGGGUGAGUAUAAACUAGGCAGCGCCCAAAAAGCUUUCGUUGGAGAAGAAAUAUACUUGAAUCAUGAGCAUUAUCUCAUUCUCUGUCGCCCACCAUUACCAUGAUUCGUCUUGGAAUGUCUUCUCAUGUUUGAAGUGACAUUGUACUCGACGCCGGCUGACGUUGCGCGCGCAUGGAGACUGUUUCGACCGUGUUCUGUCUUCAUCGGACCACUUCCGUCCGUUGUGCUUUCCAGCUCCACCUCUCACUCCGUUAUUUCUCAACUGUUGGCGCAAGGACAUGCAUGAUGCGCUCAUGUUCAUCUUGAAGGGGCUCUUCACUCUCAUGACAGUGCGUUGUAUGCGAUCUAGAGUAUUAUGUCCAUGCGGUACUUGCUUGGACGAUGGUGUCUCAUUCGUACGCGCUGUCAUUGUCAAUCAUGGAAGUCGAGGAAUGCGUGCUGGGACGAGAGUGGGAUGUGAUACUUCUCUCUUUUCCCACACGUUCUUUUUGUCAUGCGGACAACGAAGUAGGUAGGUAGUAAGUAGUAAUAGUAGUGGUAGCAGCUGAGCUGAUGAAAUGUGUGUGUGUGUGUGUGUGUGGGCGG